AUGUGGUUAACAUGUUUUGCUAUUAUUAUUAUUAUUAUUAUUAUUAUUAUUAUUAUUAUCAUUAUAAUUAUUAUUAUAAUUAUUAUUAUUAUUAUUAUUAUUUAUUAUUAUUAUUAUUAUUAUUAUUAUUAUUAUUUAUUAUUAUUAUUAUUAUUAUUAUUAUUAUUAUUAUUAUUAUUAUUAUUAUUAUUAUUAUUAUUAUUAUUAUUAUUAUUAUUAUUAUUAUUAUUAUUGAGUGAAGGCGAGGAAUGCGACGAAGAGGACGUAGAGAGAGAGAACAUGGUGGACGUUGAUAGUAUGCGUCCAGGUUCUUGGGACUUCAUUAACAACAGCCUUGUGUUCGUGGAAGACGAGAACGUGGCGGACAUCAUCGACUACACCACCUCAUUUCCGCCUGCAAAAUCAAACCAAUCCAUAUUCGAUGUUUUUGGAGAAGAAAGUCGACUAAAACCAAUCGAUAUCAUCAUUCUUAUUCUUAUAGGAAUAGUUUUGAUGUUAAUUAAAAGAUUGAUUUGCCGGGGAGCGAUUCAGCGCUGCCGCUCAGCCUGUUCAACAAAUUCUGGUGAAGGGAACAACAAGAACAAAUCACGAAACCUUCUGGUAUUUUUCACCAAGGAGUCGAAGGAGCCACUUGUUUCGGUUUAA